AUGAAUCCUGAAUAUGACUACCUGUUCAAACUUCUUCUGAUCGGAGACUCUGGAGUUGGGAAGUCGUGUCUGCUGCUUCGCUUUGCUGAUGACACUUACACUGAGAGUUACAUCUCCACCAUCGGAGUGGACUUUAAGAUCAGGACCAUCGACAUGGACGGGAAGACGGUGAAGCUACAGAUCUGGGACACAGCAGGUCAGGAGAGGUUUCGAACCAUCACCUCCAGCUACUACAGAGGAGCUCAUGGUAUCAUCAUCGUCUACGACGUCACAGAGCAGGAGUCCUUUAACAACGUGAAGCAGUGGUUGGACGAGAUCGAUCGUUACGCCUGUGAAAAUGUCUCCAGGCUGCUGGUGGGAAACAAGACGGACCUCGUCAGUAAGAAAGUGGUGGACGCCGCCACCGGGCAGGACCUGGCCUCGUCCCUGAAGAUCCCCUUCCUGGAGACGAGUGCUAAGAGCGCCGACAACGUGGAGAAGGCUUUCCUCACCAUGGCUUCUGAGAUACACAAACGUGUGGCCAGCGAGGGAGGGGGGAUGCAGGGGGACGCCAAAGAGGCCAGAUCCCAGAGCGCCAAGAUCAACAGCGCCCCCCUGUGGCUGGGAGGAGACAAACAGACGAAGGAGUCAAAUAACUGCUGCUGAGCGGGCGAUUAACACCGUGCUGACAUGAAACAUAUCUGUUCUUUUUUUUUUAAUCGGAGUUCAGUCGUUGUAAACACACACACACACACACACACACACACACACACACACACACCUGCAUACUCUCAGGACUAUGUGAAUGUGUUCUGGAAAAACCUGCAUGUUUAUAGAUUUGCUCUUAAAUGUAAAAUAUGACUUUUCUGGAUGAAAUGAUUUUAGGCUGGUUAGAUUAUAUUUUGAGCUUCAUAUUUUUGAAUCCAACACACGAUGAUGUUCCUGUUUUAUUA